AUGAAGUCGAGGAUGUCUACUGUCUCUACUGUCUUUCUCUACUGUCUCUCUCUCUCUCUACUUUCUGUCUCUCUGCUUGACUUCUUCUCUUCUUCUCCUACCGAGGCCGAGAGCCAGCAGGCAGCAAGAGAGUCUCUCUAUCUACUUACUCUUACUCUUGCUCUCUCUCUCUCUUCUUCUCCCACCAAUGCCACCACUAGACUACCACUGACUGUCUUCUCUUUACUAUCUUUUACUAUCUUUUCCUGUCCACUGUCUGUCUGUCUACUCUCUGUCUUCUCUUCUUCUCUGUCUCGCUUCUCCUCCACGUGA